AUUAUUAAACCUGUGAAAACCAAAAAAUUCUCACUGAUGGAACAGACGUUACCGGUCACCGUUUAUGAGAUGGAUUUCCUGGCAGAUCUGAUGGACAACUCGGAGCUAAUUCGAAAUGUGACUCUGUGUGGGCACCUUCACCACGGCAAGACUUGUUUUGUUGACUGCCUGAUAGAACAGACACACCCUGAAAUUCGGAAGCGCUACGACCAGGAUCUUUGCUACACUGAUAUAUUGUUCACAGAGCAAGAGAGGGGAGUAGGGAUCAAGAGCACACCAGUGACGAUUGUUCUGCCAGACACCAAAGGAAAGUCUUUUCUCUUCAACGUCAUCGACACCCCAGGUCAUGUCAAUUUUUCUGAUGAAGUGACCGCUGGCCUUCGUAUUUCGGAUGGCGUUGUGCUUUUCAUUGAUGCGGCUGAGGGGGUGAUGCUGAAUACAGAGAGGCUGAUCAAGCACGCGGUGCAGGAAAGGCUGGCAGUGACUGUGUGCAUCAACAAGAUAGAUCGACUGAUCCUGGAGCUGAAAUUGCCCCCAACAGAUGCUUAUUACAAACUCAGACAUAUCGUAGAUGAAGUUAAUGGUCUGAUCAGCAUGUAUUCCACCGAUGAGAACCUCGUUCUGUCUCCCCUUCUGGGGAAUGUGUGUUUCUCCAGUUCGCAGUACAGCAUCUGCUUCACACUGGGAUCUUUUGCAAAGAUUUAUGCAGACACAUAUGGAGAUAUCAAUUAUCAGGAGUUUGCAAAGCGGCUUUGGGGUGACAUCUACUUCAACCCGAAGACCCGCAAGUUCACUAAAAAGGCCCCAACGAGCAGUUCGCAGCGCAGUUUUGUGGAGUUCAUUCUGGAGCCCCUGUACAAGAUCUUGGCUCAGGUGGUGGGGGACGUGGAUACGACCCUGCCCAGGACUCUGGAUGAACUUGGCAUCCACCUGACCAAAGAGGAAUUGAAAUUAAACAUUCGGCCCCUCCUGCGGCUUGUCUGCAAGAAGUUCUUUGGGGAAUUCACAGGCUUUGUGGACAUGUGUGUGCAGCAUAUCCCCUCUCCGAAGGUGGGAGCCAAGACGAAAAUCGAGCAUACCUACACUGGUGGGGUUGACUCUGAUCUAGGGGAGGCCAUGAGCGAAUGCGACCCCGACGGUCCUCUGAUGUGUCACACAACGAAAAUGUACAGCACCGACGACGGCGUUCAGUUCCACGCCUUUGGCAGAGUGCUCAGUGGUACCAUCCAUGCUGGGCAGCCUGUGAAGGUCCUUGGAGAAAACUAUACCCUGGAAGAUGAGGAGGAUUCCCAGAUCUGCACUGUUGGACGCCUCUGGAUCUCAGUUGCAAGGUAUCAUAUUGAGGUAAACCGGGUUCCUGCUGGCAACUGGGUGCUGAUGACUGCAACCGUCAUGGAGCCUCGGGGCAAUGAGGAGGCUCAGAUCUUCCGUCCUUUGAAGUUCAAUACCACAUCUGUUAUCAAAAUAGCUGUAGAACCGGUCAACCCCUCGGAGCUCCCCAAAAUGUUAGAUGGUCUCCGCAAAGUCAACAAGAGUUACCCCUCGCUUACUACUAAGGUGGAAGAAUCUGGGGAGCACGUGAUCCUAGGGACAGGAGAGCUCUACCUGGAUUGUGUGAUGCACGAUCUACGGAAGAUGUAUUCAGAGAUUGAUAUCAAGGUCGCUGAUCCGGUUGUGACGUUCUGCGAGACGGUGGUGGAAACGUCCUCCCUAAAGUGCUUUGCUGAGACACCCAACAAGAAGAACAAGAUCACGAUGAUUGCCGAGCCUCUGGAAAAGGGUCUCGCAGAGGACAUUGAAAAUGAAGUGGUUCAGAUAACGUGGAACAGAAAGAAGCUGGGUGAAUUCUUCCAGACCAAAUAUGACUGGGAUUUGCUGGCUGCCCGUUCCAUCUGGGCCUUUGGGCCAGAUGCCACUGGCCCAAACAUCCUAGUAGAUGAUACGCUGCCCUCAGAGGUGGACAAGUCACUGCUGGGCUCUGUGAAGGACAGCAUUGUGCAAGGAUUUCAGUGGGGGACCAGGGAAGGGCCUCUCUGUGAUGAAUUGAUCCGCAAUGUGAAGUUUAAGAUCCUGGAUGCAGUGAUUGCUCAGGAGCCCUUGCACCGGGGUGGAGGACAGAUCAUCCCGACAGCCCGGAGAGUGGUCUAUUCCGCUUUCCUGAUGGCCACCCCUCGCUUGAUGGAGCCCUACUACUUUGUGGAGGUGCAGGCUCCUGCCGACUGCGUGUCUGCGGUGUACACAGUCCGUCUUGACCAGUCAGGCCAUGUUACACAAGAUGCUCCGAUCCCAGGCUCUCCUCUCUACACCAUCAAAGCCUUCAUCCCAGCCAUUGAUUCAUUUGGGUUUGAGACAGACUUGAGGACCCACACGCAGGGACAAGCCUUCUCGCUGUCUGUCUUCCACCACUGGCAGAUUGUGCCUGGUGAUCCCUUGGACAAAAGCAUCGUCAUCCGACCCCUGGAACCCCAGCCAGCCCCGCAUCUGGCGAGAGAAUUCAUGAUCAAGACCAGGCGUAGGAAGGGUUUGAGCGAGGACGUGAGCAUCAGCAAGUUCUUCGAUGACCCCAUGUUGCUGGAGCUGGCCAAGCAAGACGUCGUUCUCAACUACCCCAUGUGA